UCAUAUUAGAUGUUGUGCACAUAUAUUAAAUAUUAUGGUUCAGGAUGGAAUGAAAAUCAUUCAUGAAGCUAUUGAAUGUAUAAGAGAAAUUGUUAGAUAUGUCUCUACAUCCCCAUCUUGAAUGCAAGCAUUUAAUGAAAUUGUACAACAUAUGAGACUUCCUGCUAGAAAAGGAUUCACUUUGGAUGUUCCUACAAGGUGGAAUUCUACUUAUGAAAUGUUGCAUGAUGCACUUGGUUAUAAAGAUGCUCUUAUUAGAUAUGCAACUAAGCAUUCAUGUGUAUGCCCCACCAAUGAUGAAUGGAAAAAGGCUUCUAUAAUUCUUAAAUUCUUAGAAGCCUUUCUUGAUGCCACUAAAGUAUUUUCUGGUUGUAAGUAUCCCACAUCCAAUUUAUACCUAAAUAAAGUUUGGGGAAUUAGGGCUUUGUUGACGGAUGAAAGUAUCGAUACUGAUGAAAAAAUGAAGCAAUUAACAAAUGAGAUGCUAAAGAAGUUUAACAAAUAUUGUUCUCAGUGCAAUAGUUUGUUGGUAAUUGCUUCUAUUUUGGAUCCCAGAUCAAGGUUGAUAUUUGUAGAGUUUUGUUAUCAAAAGACAUUUGAGUUGGAGGAGUGCAAGAAAAAGAUUGAUGAUACUCGUGCUUGUCUUUUUAAAUUGUAUAAUGAGUAUGUAGAUGCAACAAGAAUGCAUCCCUCUAUGAGUUCAAGUGAGCGAACAUCUAAUUUUGGUGGACAAGGUGAUAUAAGUUCAGUUUCUUCCAAAAAAAAAUUGGUAUGGAUUUUGCUCAAUUUAGAAGUCAGAGUUCUUCAAAACGCCCUAAGAUAUCCGAGCUAGAUAGUUAUUUGGAUGAUGAUGUGUUUCCUGAUUUGGAGAAUAAGGAGUUUGACAUCUUGACUUGGUGGAAGAGCAAUGCAGCAGUCUAUCCUAUACUAUCAAGAAUGGCUCGAGAUGUUCUAGCUAUUCCAGUCUCCACUGUUUCAUCUGAGUCGGCAUUCAGCAAUGGUGGUAGAGUUGUGGAUCAGUAUCGAAGCUCUUUGAGCCCAUUUACCGUAGAAGCCUUAGUUUGUACCCAAGAUUGGCUUCGUGAACAAUAUGAUGAAGUUGCAAAUUGCUCGAGUUCUGUAACGUUGAAUGUAGAUGACGACACCCUAGAGUGGGCAAUUUGGGAGAACUGAAUGGCGAUACCCUCAUCAGAUCUAGUUCAUACCUAAAGUAUUAAGUAUCAAGU